AAAAGAAUCGCAAAUAUGUCAAACCCAUUUCUUUCAUCCCUAUAUUUUCUACUACUCCACCACAUCAAACCCGAAUCUUGAAUACAUAUAUAGACAAAAGAAAAAGAUCAAAGAGGGCUCAUAUAUCAUCUGAUCUUUAUAUCUAUGGGGGCAACUUCAUCAAGCCUCACCGGAUCCGAGACUUAUGCUGGAAAGUUAUGCGGUCUCGAAGACGUGCCUGAGAACUGUAUAAUGGCAAUGUUUAUGUACAUGGAGCCACCGGAGAUAUGCAUACUUGCAAGGGUGAACAAAUCAUUUCAUAGGGCGUCGAGAUCCGACACCGUGUGGGAACACAAGCUUCCCCGUAACUACAAGUUUCUGGUCCGAAGAAUCCUUGAAGAUCAACAACAAGAAGGUGAAAAAGACAAAGUUAUCAGCCGCACGAAAGAGAUCUAUGCAAGGCUUUGCCGACCAAACCUCUUUGACGCCGGCACAAAGGAAGCAUGGUUGGACAAGAGAAGUGGGAAAGUGUGUUUGGCGAUAUCACCAAAGGCGAUGAAGAUAACCGGCUUUGAUGAUCGCCGAUAUUGGGAACAUAUUUCUUCCGAUGAGUCCAGAUUUGGAUCAAUAGCUUAUCUCCGGCAAGUUUGGUGGUUAGAGGCAGUCGGAAAUAUCAGAUUUGAAUUUGCACCUGGAAAAUAUAGUAUACUCUUCAAGUUACAUUUAGGCAAACCUUUGAGAAAGUGUGGGAGAAAAAUAUGUUGUUUAGAACAAGUUCAUGGUUGGGAUAUCAAACCGGUCAGGUUUCAACUGUCUACAUCGGACGGCCAAUGCGAUAUGUCUGAACGAUAUUUUAAUGAACCAGGAAGGUGGGUUUAUCAUCACGUGGGUGAUUUCGUCGUGGAGGAUGAGAACUUACCCGUUUGGGUCAAGUUCUCUAUGCUCCAGAUAGAUUGUACGCAUACCAAAGGUGGUUUAUGUUUAGAUUGUGUGAUCAUAUGUCCAUUUGAGUGUAGAGAGAAAUCCACAUAUUUCGAUUAAUUUCUGUUUGAAAGGUGUUGUUUUGAUAUGUUAGUUUGUAGGAUGUUAUGUCUUUGUAAAUAUACACAGUCGGUUUAUACGUAAGAUGAUUAAUAUAAUCAGAUC